GGCCAGCUGUCUAGCGUGGGAGGCAAGGAUAACGGGGUGUUCUCAAAGCACGGCAUGAAGUGAACAGUAGAGAGUGUGAUGCAAUAAAUGCGCACUGGUUGCCGCAAGCAAGUCUUCACAGGCAAUGAGACCGAUUUGAGCAUUUGAUGUGCAAUGUUGUUAGGUGUUAAGGGUAAGUUGACGGGGGCGGAUCGGGGGCGGCAGCGACCGGUCCCGAAUAAAGCACUAAGCCGCGACUCAUGUAGCAUGCAUCUGUUCAAGCGAGCGUGCAGUGGUUUGUCGAUGCCCCAUGGCAAAAAGACCAGCAGAAGACACGCUAGCGAGUGCGCCGGACUCGCCAGCAUCCAAGAAGGCGAGGUUACAGAAUGGCGCAAAUCGUAGCGACUCGCGACCUGCGCCUCCAGCGGCGUCCUCUGAAUGGCGGGAGAACGACGACAGUGACGGUAACGGUACAAUAAAUGGCGAGGGGAGCGGGCGCACUCCUGGUCACGAAAAUCACGAAGAUGGGACUGCGGACGAGGAAGAGGACGACAUCGACGAGCCCAGAGGCAGCAGUAGCCGGCCCGCUGCCCCCGACGAACGCUACUCCGAUCUCUACCUCGAUACCAUAUCCCGCAAGAAUAUGGACUUCGACUUCGAAAAGCUUUGCUCUAUAACCCUCGCGAACAUCAACGUGUACGCCUGCUUAGUGUGCGGCAAGUACUUCUCCGGACGAGGCCCGAAGACGCCCGCCUAUUUCCAUGCGCUCGAAAUAGGUCACCAUGUCUACAUCAACAUGGAGACAAAAAGGGUCUACGUUCUACCGGAAGGCUACGAAGUCAAAAGCAAAAGUUUGGAUGACAUCAAGAUAGUGGUCGACCCACGGUUCGCGCCGGAAGAUGUCAAAGCGCUUGACAGACGGAAAGAGCCAAGCUGGGAUCUCUUCGGUAAGAAGUACAUCCCAGGCUUUGUCGGCAUGAACAACAUCAAGGCCAACGACUACCUGAAUGUCGUUGUCCAGGCGCUUGUGCACGUGCCGCCAUUGCGAAACUUCUUCAUGCUGGAAGACUUGUCGUCCAAGCCGCAAUUAGCGCAGCGAUUCAGCAUACUAACACGCAAAAUCUGGAAUCCCAAAGCUUUCAAGAGCCAUGUAUCACCGCACGAGCUCAUCCAGGAGAUCAGUUUGCGAAGUAGUAAGAAGUUUCUACUCACCGAGCAAGCGGAUCCCGUGGAGUUUCUCAGCUGGUUCCUCAACCACCUACACUUGUCCCUAGGCGGUAGUAAGACGAAGCCGCGAAGCUCGCUUGUACAGAAGAUCUUCCAGGGCCAACUACGCGUUGAGUCGCAAACCAUCACUGCGCAUGCGGAUGCAGGCGACAGGUUGCGCUUCGAGGACGCUGCAAUCAAAUCGCAGUCCACACCUUUCAUGAUACUUACGCUCGACCUGCCGCCUGCACCGCUGUUCCAGGACGACGCGGAGAAGAACAUCAUCCCACAAGUUCCGCUGUCGACGGUCUUGCAAAAGUACAACGGCAUCACUGCGCAAGAGAGGAUGAACACGCGAAUGCGUUACCGAUUACUCCACCCACUCCCCGCAUACCUAAUAAUGCACAUCAAGCGCUUCCAGCCCAACAAGUUCUUACAGUCUCAGCGCAAUCCUACAAUCGUAACAUUCAACCCUCGCGCACUGGAUAUGUCGCCCUAUGUGGAGCCCAAUCCGCAAUGUCAUCCGCUGGGCGAACCUCUCGUCUACGAUCUGGUCGCCAACAUCACCUAUGAAGGCGUCAAAGUGCGAGAUGACUCUGUGGAGGGUGAAGCGGAGCGCAAGGUCUGGAAGGUGCAAGUCAGGGAAGGUGGCGACAGUCAACAGUGGUGGGAGAUGCAGGAUCUGUACGUCGACAAGGUCAAUGCUGAUUUGUUGGCGACGAAAGAGAGCUACAUCAUGGUUUGGGAGAGGCGGAAAGCGGCUGCCAAGCCUAUGGCGACAGCAGCUUAAUCAGGCACUCCUCUCACCACCCACGUACUCUUCCUUCUGUCCUGGACUAUGCUCCCACAGCCGCUUUGCUUCCUUUCCAUAAUUUCGAUGCCUUCCACAUCCUCAUCCGUAUGCUCGCCAUUGACACAUUUUGCCCUUGUCGACCACGACUCCUCUGCCCCGCGCUCAGCAUGAACCUCGGCUCCGGUAGAAGAGCGCCAUCAUGUGCAUCGUGAGCGACGGUAUGGUCUCACCUCAAACCCAAUGCUACAGGUAAUGUCAGACGUAUCGUCAUUGUUUGCGUGAAUAGCGAGGCGUUGGUCCCGUUAGCAACAUCCAUAGGCACCCUCGCCUAAGUAGCACCUCACUCUCAACCAAGAUGGCACGUCCGAAGGUUACGCUGUUCUUUGACGUUGUCAGUCCUUUCGCUUAUUUGGCAUGGUACAUGA